AUGUUAAAUUCAUCCACCAUCACCACAGCAACGAAGAAGCAAUUUCAACUCUUGACCUACAACACUUGGCUCAUUCAUUCUCUCCUUCCUGGAGAAAAUCCUCCCUAUAAAUCUGAGCGAGUCAAAGGAUUUUUACAACAAUUACAAGAUUCCCAACAUCCAAUAUAUGAUUUUAUCUUUUUUCAGGAAUUACAUCGUUUCGGAAAUGUGUGGCCCUUUUUACACUUUGAUCACUCUCCCUAUGAGGAAAUGAAAAGUGGAAUUGAAAAAAUUUAUGACUAUCAGGUGGUGGAAUCGAAGGCGCCAUUUCCAUGUUGUCUAGAUUCUGGAUUGAUGAUUGUGAGUAAAUAUCGAGUGGUGACUUGUAGAAAUUAUGUCUUUAAGAAUACGACUUGGAGAUCGUAUGUGACUGCGAAGGGUGUGUUGUAUGCAUUGGUGGAUGUCUCUUCAAGCACAACAACAACAACAACACUUUCUUCUACAACCACAAAUUCAAGAACGAAUGCAAUUUCACAGAAGAAUAAUUCUAAUACACUUAAUCAUAAUAAUCAUGAGACACGUGAGAAUGUGAAUCAUGAUUCUAAAUCAAAUGGAGUUCGAAAAUCUAUUAAUCGAGACAACAAGACCAUCCAUAACCAAAAUUUAUUACAUUUAUUUAAUUCACAUAUGGAAGCAUUUGAUGAAAAAAAGAGACGUCUCCAAAUUCAAGAAAUGGUUCAAUUUAUUAAGGAGUGUGUGAAACCGUAUUGUGAAAAAACUUCCGAAAACUCGCCUCCAAAAAUCAUCAUUGCAGGAGAUUUUAAUAUCGACAGUAUUCGAGAUGAAAUGUAUGGUGAAAUGAUGCAUUUGUUGAAUAAGGAGAUUGGUCCAGUUAAAGACGUUUUUGGAGUCCACAACAACAACGACACUUCAAAACAUCCCUCGACUUUUGGUGGUAAUUUAUGUUUGGAUCAUGUGUUGGUGAGUGAUAAUUUCAAAGAAAUGAGCUAUGAAAUUGUAAAUUGGACUCAUACGAUGGAGCAGCAACAGAGAAUUAUUCCACUUUCGGAUCAUUCUGGAGUGAAGGUGACAUUACAGUAA